GAACCAGUGACAUAGACUCAGUUAACACAUAAUUCUUGAUUGACACAGUGAUGGGUCUUUUUGAUUUAGUGAUGGUUUUGAUUUUAUUAUUUUCUCUACUGAUAGAGAUAACAUUAUCAGAACUACCCAACUUAGAAUCGAUGGACGAAGUACCAUUAUCCAAGUCGUUAGGAUUUUCUGGUAAGCGCCUCGGUCGGACAUUGGACGAUGUCCAUUUGGGUAAAGAAUUCAACGACCUGUAUCAAGAAAUGAUGAAGGCCAGUCAAGAAGUCGAAAAGCACGAUGUCGAUGAAUAUUCUGACUUAACUAGACUGAAAGGAUUAGCUGAUCGAAGACGCUCCAUAAUGGCAUCACCAGCGGGUAAAAGGCGUGCCCGAUCUCAAGCUAUACGACGAGAAAAACUCAAUAGUCAGAGCCUACGGAGUCACUUGGAACAUUCUAGACAAAAUAACAACCUAGACAGUGUAUGAAAUUCUAAUUGCAAUUUUUAUAACUUUUAUUUUUGUUUA